GUGUUAGCUGAUCUUCCCUGCAAUAUAUAAAGGGCAGGAGAGAGCAAAUCCUGCGCUGUGAGCCACAGACACCGGAAAGUCUUCCAGCAUGAGCUACUCUCUGGAAACAUUAGGUAGCCCCUCUUAUAGGAGGAUGGCUGAGAUCAGGACCAGCUAUGCCAGGACGAGCAGUUCUCCCUCCAGUGGUUUCAGGUCUCAGAGCUACUCCAGGAGCACCCCCAGCACCAUCUCCUCCUCUUAUAAGAGAAGCAACCUGACAGCACCCAGAGGGUUCAGCUCCGGUGACAGUUUGGAUCUUAGUCAGUCCUCUGCCUACAAUGGUGACUUCAAGCAAGUCCGAUCCAGCGAGAAGGAGCAGUUGCAAGGGCUCAACGACCGCUUUGCUGGUUACAUCGAGAAGGUGCACUACUUGGAGCAGCAGAACAAGGAAAUCGAGGCAGAAAUCCAGGCCCUCAGGCAAAAGCAGAGUGGACACAGCCAACUGGGUGAGAUCUACGAGCAAGAGCUGAGAGAGUUGAGGUCUAACUUGGAACACGUCAACCACGACAAGUCUCAGGUGCUUCUAGACACUGAGCACCUUGAAGAAGACCUGCAGAGGCUGAAGGACAGGUAUGACGAAGAGGUCCGGAUUAGGGAUGAGACAGAGGCCACCAUCAGGGUCAUGAAGAAGGACAUGGAUGACACGUCCUUGAUCAAGGUGGAGUUGGACAAGAAGGUGCAGUCCUUGCAAGAAGAGAUCUCUUUCCUGAAGAACAACCAUGAAGAAGAAGUCGCCGAGCUGCUUGCCCAGAUCCAGGCCUCCCAUAUCACAGUGGAGAGGAAGGACUACCAGAAGACAGACUUGGCCUCUGCCUUGAGGGAAAUCCGCUCCCAGCUGGAAGGGCACUCCAACAGCAACAUGGUGCAGACAGAGGAGAUCUUUAAAAACAGGUAUGCCAAGCUGACGGAAGCUGCUGAACAAAACAAGGAGCAAAUCAAGUCUGCCAAGGAGGAGAUUGCAGAGUACAGAAGACAACUACAUAGCAAAACCGUAGAGCUGGAGUCUGUGAAAGGAACCAAAGAGUCACUGGAGAGACAACUGAAUGACAUUGAGGAGAGACACAACCAUGACUUGGCCAGUUACCAGGACACCAUCCAACAGCUGGACAACGAGCUGAGAGGAACAAAAUGGGAGAUGUCCCGUCACCUGCGAGAGUACCAGGAUCUGCUCAAUGUCAAGAUGGCUCUGGAUAUAGAAAUUGCUGCAUACAGGAAACUCCUUGAGGGAGAAGAAACCCGCUUCAGCUCAUUCUCUAGCCUUCCUUCAGGGCCCUCAACCCCACACAGACAAGUACCCAUUACAAUAACCUCAACCAGAGUCCAGCAGUCACGAGCAGAGCCCCCUAGAGUCAAAGUGCAGCACAAGUUUGUGGAGGAGAUCAUUGAAGAAACCAAAGUUGAAGAUGAACGAUCAGAUAUGGAAGCAGCAUUGGCUGCCAUGGCAGAAGAGUUUGCAUCAGGGCUUUUGGAUGUAGAGGAGCAAGAGGCAGAGGAAGGUGAGGAGGAGGAGGAGGAGGAGGUGGAGGAUCAGGUAGAAGAGGAGAUUGUAGCAGCUGUAGAAUCUACUGUACAUGCAGCAGCUCCUGGGGAGGAGGAAAAAGAAGAGGGAGAGGAAAAGGAAGAGGAAGCAGAGGGAGACGAAGAGGAAAAGGGCGAGGAAGAAGCAGAAGAGGAGGGAGAAAAGGGUGAGGAAGAAGAAGAGGAAGGAGAGAAAGCAGAAGAAGAGGUAGAAGAAGAGGGGGAAAAAGAGGAAGGUGAAGAAGAGAAAGUAGAAGGGGAAGCUGAGCAGGAGGAAGAAGUGAAAGCAGAGGAAGGUGAAGAGGAGGGAGGAGAAGGAGAAGAAGAGGGAAAGACAGAAGAAGAUGAAGGAGAAGAUGAGGGAGAGAAAGAGGGAGAGGAGGAAGAAGCAGAAGAAGCAGAAGCAGAGGUAGAAGGUGGGGAGGGAGAAGCAGAAGAAGAAGGAGCUGAAAAAGAGGCAGAAGAGGGGGAAACAGAGGAAGCAGAAGGUGAGAAAGAUGCAGAAGGAGCAGAGGAAGAGGCUGCUGAGGAGACCCAGGAGGAAGUAGAAGAGGAGACUAUUGUUGAGACUAAGAUUGUAAGGGUAAAAACAGAAGUACAGAAGGCAGAAGUAAAAAAGGAAACUAAGCAGAAAGAAGAGGAGGAGAAAGAGGGUGGUGAGGAGGAAGAGGGAGAGAAGGGUGAAGAAGAAGAAGAGGAAAAGGCUGGAGAAGAGGAAGAAGAGGGAGCAGCAGAUGAAAGCUCAGAGCAGCAAGAAGAGAAAGCAGAAACAGAUGAAGAGAAAGAAAAGGAAGAGGGAGAUGAAGGAGAAGCUAAAGAAGAGGAAGAAUCUGGAGAGGAUAAAGAAGCUGAAGCAGGAGAGGAAAAGGCAGAGUCCCCUGAAGAGAAAAGUGUUGAGGAGAUCAUCCCUGCAUCUAAGGCAGCUUCCGUAGGAACAGAAAAAGAGGAAACCAAAGAACAGGAAAAAGACGAAGUAAGCAGCCCCAAAGAUGAAGGAAAGGAAGAUACUGCAGUAAAUGGAGAUGUACAUGAAGAAAAGGAAGAGAGUGAAGACAAAGGAGUAGUCACAAAUGGUCUUGACGACAGCCCCUCAGAGGACAAAGAUAGUUCUAAAAGCCCGCAAAAAGUUGUCAUCACCAAAAAGAUUGAGACCACAACAACGGAGGGUGAAGAUGGUACCAAAUACGUUACGAAGUCUGUGACAGUCACCCAGAAGGUAGAGGAACUUGAAGAGACCCUCCAGGAGAAGUCUGUGUCUACAAAGAAGGUGGAAAAAGUUACUUCACAUGCAGUAGUUAAGGAAGUUGCUGAACACAAGUGAAAACAUAGUCACAGCACUUCCAGCAAGCAGCAGGACUGAAAAGCCAUAAGAUAAACUGCAUGUAAAGUGACAGCUUCUAAUGGGCUUAUAGCAGAAGGGGUUCUCUCGUGGGGUGGGGGCUCCAGACUCUGUAUUAUUACCUGUGCAAUACUCGGGGCGGGGAAAUGCAUGCAAGCUAGAGACGUGUCCCUCCCACACAACUUGGGGAAUUCACUAAUGAAAAAAAUACAAAAAAAACAAAACAAAUACAACCCACUGCAUGAUUUGUCAAAGAAAGUAUGAGGGUUUCCUAAGUUGUUGUGGGAUUGGGUCCUGAGUCCUGAGAUUAAAUAUGCAAAGAACCAUCUGAGCCAAAAAAAGAGGGAGGGAAGGGACCAUGAAACGGAUGUUUUCUCGCCUUAAUAAAAGAAACCUAUCCUUAUGUUUACCUCACUGGUGCAUUUAAUAGACUGCAGGUCAUGGGAGAACCUGAAGGAGAAUAGACACAACAUGCUGUCAGUUUAUGUCAAAGCAAAACCUUGCUCAAUAAAAGGUCAUAUUGGAAA